AUGGGAUUUAUCUCCAACAUAUCUCGGUUCAUCCUAUCCGGAUUGUCGAUUUGGCAAAGGCAUUCGCGAUUUGUGAUUCCAUCUGCAUUCGUAUUAUUAUUCGGAGUCCUCAUGUUGCUCUCUAACCUCCUAUAUACUAUUCUCAACUACGACAACUUGAACUGGAUAAACAAGGUUGUCGAUUACGGAUGGAUCUCAGUUUACUUGACUGCGAUCUAUAUCACCUUAUGCCACAAGGAGGAAAUAAAAUCCCUGAGCAAGGAGCUGGAUCAAUGGUGGAAAUAUAACUGUCUAGAAAAAGAGACCACCCAGUUGAAGAAAAAAUCUGAGGACUGGAUGAGGGCUUUCAAUGCUUAUUAUAUUAAUUGCUCAAUCAUAAGUUGGACUUUCUACGUUCUACUACCCGCAGCCAAAUUCUUCUAUAAGGGCCCGAAGCAGAGAGGCGACGCCCUUAUCUUUGCGGCCUGGACUCCAUUCCCGCUGAACACGAUUUGGGGAUACUGGAUCACCUACGGCUUCGAGGUAUUGAUGAUGGCCUUUGCCCAAUGUGUUUACUGCCAACUCUUCCUACUCCUGAUGACCUUUGCUAUUGUUAUUGGACAUCAGAUGAGGCUUGUUGGCACUGCAUUCCUGACCAUCUUUAAAAGGAUCAAUAUGAUGAUGAAUGAUAUAGAAAUUGGAAGCAGGAAGGAAUAUUAUGAAAUCAGAGAUGUUCUACUCGCUGGAGAAUUGAAAAACGGAGUAAUGCACUUUCAGCACCUUUACAGAUGUGCGUAUCGGCUUUCUAGAAUUUUCUCGCCUAUGACAAACGUAACCUAUCACGGAGGCAUGUGGGUGAUGUGUUCAAUAGCAGUCAAGGCCGCAACUGAAAUGACUUUCGUAGUCAUGUUGCAAGCAUUCAUGAUGAUCAGUACAGUAAUAUUGAGUCAAUAUGUCUACAGUUUGGUUAACGAGUGUCUAAUAGAGGAGGUUCAAAAACUACGUAACGUAGCCUACGAUUCACCUUGGUAUGAAAUGCCUAUCAAAAUUAGGAAAGCAUUUCAAAUAUUUCAAAGUAUGCUUGACUCUGAUAGAUUUCCGACUUUACGAACAAUCUUGGGAAGCCAGACUAAUAUGGAAAAUCUAAGUAAGGUGAUAAAUGCAUCUUACUGUUACUUCAGUAUGUUAAUUACAAUAAAAUCGAGAUAUGAAACUACUUCAACCUCAGACUUGUAA